UUGGUCUGUGCAAAUGCCAAAAUAUCCUGAUCCUCGAGAGUCGAGCUAUAGGUUAUAACUUAUAAUAAAAUAUAUUAAUAAAUUACUUGCUCUGUGAUAAAUACCGAGAGCAUGUAAAGUAUAAAAUAAGAUUUUGUAAUUAGUUUUAACGUUUUAUCUGUAAAAACCGCAGAAAAAACAUAGUUACAAGUACCUACAUGUGUCAAAAAAUUUUACUUUGUAAAUAAACACAAUAUCUAUGCGUUCAAAAUAAUGUCCGAGAACAAUAGGGGAUUAAAAUUUGACGAUACAAUACACUGUCGCUUUUAUUGCCUUUCUCAAUCUACGGAUCUAGAACAAUUAUGUGAAUCUAUUAAUAGGGCAAUUCAUUCAAUAUCCCAGGGAUAUAUAUGGAAUAGAGAUGAAUUUAGAGUCAACAUUCCUCUGCAUAAAUGUGAAAAUGAUGGAAUUAUACCAAACUUGAUUAGUGUUACAUGUUUUGGUGAUAAUAUUGAAGAUGAAUGGUUUAUUGUUUAUUUAAUUUUUGAGUUAACAAGAAUGUUCAGCGAUUUAAUAGUUCACGCAGAAGACAGUGAUGGCUCUUUUCUACUUAUUGAGGCUGCAGAAUACUUACCUCCUUGGUUAAAUCCUGAUAAUGCAGAAAAUAGGGUUUUAAUUUAUCAAAAUGAUAUUCAUAUCAUUACUCCAGAAUUGGUAGAUUUGGAAGAUUCACUUGAAAUCUGUGAUGCAGUUAAACUGGUUUUUCAUAAUUCUGAAAAAACAUGCGGUUGUAUUGAAAUACAAAAUGCAAUUAAAAGAAAACUUACAGAGUAUCCACAAAAGAUAAAAGACAACAUGCACAUGGCAAUUGUUAGCUUACCUGUGGAGAUUGCUGCAAUUUUAAAAUUAAGACCAUCAAUAAUAUCAGCUAUAGUCAAUAGUUACUGUAAUCUUGAUGCAUUAGAAGCUAAAAAUUGCAGAAAUAUUGAAUAUACAAAUUGUGUGUCAACACAAAUUCAAAUAACUAAAUACUUAUAUGCAAUGCUUAUGCAUACUAGACUUAUAAAGAAUGUGACACAUAAUAUUCCAGAAACAGACAAAAAGGCUCAGCUUGGUUUUAAAUUAACUUGUGGGUAUUAUGUUAUCAUGAAUCAAUAUGUUAAAGAUAUAUUUUCUUCAUCAGAAUACAAGAAAUAUAUAUCCAAUUUAUCUAAGACAGGAUACUUUAAAGAUAACAUAGAGGGAUCUAAGGAUUAUAAAAUGCUCUUAGAAAAAGCUAAAUCAUAUUUUUGUAGUAUGGAAUGUCCUUUGAACACACAUAUUUUUAACGAAAUAUCUCACUUAAAAUCUGAUAAAUUAUUUGAAGAAACCAAAGAAGCUCUUAUACAAUGUGAUGACUCAAAAUUGUAUGAAGAUGAUGAUGACUGGUUAAACAUAAGUCCAGAUGAAUUAAACAAUAUAUUGAUCAGUAAAUAUGGUAAAUGUACAACAAUUAAUAAUGAAGAUUUGGAUUCUGCUCAGAAUAUUACUUCUGCUUUGACCAAUUUCUUAAAAAAAUCUUCAGAUUUUGAAGGGAUCGAAAGAAUAGGAGAAGAUGUUGAAGAUAACAAGAUAGAUUUUGAUGCCGAACAGUUUACUAUGUGUGUUGAAAAAUUAUUAAAUAUAGCAACAUCAAAUGUUGAGAUAGAGUUGAGUGAAGAUAGUGAAGAUGAUGAUGAUAAUGAUGAAAUAUGUCAAGAAAUUGAAAAAGAACUUAGUUCAAAGUUAUGUAGUGUACCAAAUAGUGUAGAUAAUAAAACAGUUAUAAAUAACUUGGUUCAGAGUAUGAAAGAAGAAGGACUAUCAGGACCUUCAAGUAAUGUAUUAAAAACAAUUGACAUUCGCAAAACAGAUUUAUUAGACUCUGAUGAUGAUGACUAAAUAAAAAAACCACCAACAUCAAAAA